CCUGGUCAGCCUCCCCUCAGUGGAGGUUAGGGGACUGGGGCAGCCUCCCCUCAGUGGAGGUUAGGGGACUGGGUCAGCCUCCCCUCAGUGGAGGUUAGGGGACUGGGGCAGCCUCCCCUCAGUGGAGGUUAGGGGACUGGGGCAGCCUCCCCUCAGUGGAGGUUAGGGGACUGGGUCAGCCUCCCCUCAGUGGAGGUUAGGGGACUGGGUCAGCCUCCCCUCAGUGGAGGUUAGGGGACCUGGUCAGCCUCCCCUCAGUGGAGGUUAGGGGACUGGGUCAGCCUCCCCUCAGUGGAGGUUAGGGGACUGGGUCAGCCUCCCCUCAGUGGAGGUUAGGGGACUGGGGCAGCCUCCCCUCAGUGGAGGUUAGGGGACUGGGGCAGCCUCCCCUCAGUGGAGGUUAGGGGACUGGGGCAGCCUCCCCUCAGUGGAGGUUAGGGGACUGGGGCAGCCUCCCCUCAGUGGAGGUUAGGGGACUGGGGCAGCCUCCCCUCAGUGGAGGUUAGGGGACUGGGUCAGCCUCCCCUCAGUGGAGGUUAGGGGACUGGGGCAGCCUCCCCUCAGUGGAGGUUAGGGGACUGGGGCAGCCUCCCCUCAGUGGAGGUUAGGGGACUGGGUCAGCCUCCCCUCAGUGGAGGUUAGGGGACUGGGGCAGCCUCCCCUCAGUGGAGGUUAGGGGACUGGGGCAGCCUCCCCUCAGUGGAGGUUAGGGGACUGGGGCAGCCUCCCCUCAGUGGAGGUUAGGGGACUGGGGCAGCCUCCCCUCAGUGGAGGUUAGGGGACUGGGGCAGCCUCCCCUCAGUGGAGGUUAGGGGACUGGGGCAGCCUCCCCUCAGUGGAGGUUAGGGGACUGGGGCAGCUAUCACACGUUUGUGAUUAGCAACCCUUUUUUGUCUGGAUUUAGAGGUAUGCUUUGGAUGUACCAUAUAUCCAUAAAUUAAAUAAACCAUCCACCUGUGCUUUUAUACCCAUCACCAGUUUUUUUUAAGAAAGUCUAUACUUGCCUUUCAGGAGAUUUGCUAAAUAUUAUCAAUCACUCCCUGGAAACUGCCAUUUUACCAUCCGCAUUAAAGGCCACCAUAAUUAAGCCCCUUCUUUAAAAGAAUGCUUUCGCAUUUGGUCCACCAGAGAAGCGGAUUGGGCUCGGCAACGCCCGCCAGUGGAGAGAGCACACACACCUGGGUUGCAUCAAACAAUCAGCACAGGUGCUUUAAGGUGUGUUCCUCUCACAGUUCAGGCCUGAGAACGGGAGUUCACACCAAGAGAGCGAGUCUUUGAGUUUUGUCUGUCCGAGCACAAGACAAAGGGAGAAAAGCUGCUCGCAACUGGCCAGCUAGAAGCGACUAGAUGAAAAGCUGUCUCUUAAUUUUACUUUUUUCUUUGUUAUUUUAGUUUGUUGUUUUAGUUUAUUAUUUUUGUCCAGAUUCUGUGAGAGGGAAGGGUGAAGCUGUUCGUUUAAUUGAUUUUGUGUUGGUGGGGUGCUCUCGCUCUCUCUCGAAGCGGCAAACAAUGGUGUUUCUCGGAAAUGCCAUAGCUCCCUCCCAGGGGGGUCACACAAAUUCUUAAUUAUUUCAGGCCCAUAUCAAAUUCAGAUUUAUGUGUCAUUUGGUUGAUGAAAUGUUCGCCUCAGUAUACAUAUACACAGGUUCAGUCAGCACUAUGACUGAUGGGGACUAUGACUAUCUCAUCAAGCUCCUAGCUUUAGGAGACUCAGGAGUGGGGAAGACCACCUUACUGUACAGGUACACUGACAACAAGUUCAACCCCAAGUUCAUUGCCACAGUGGGAAUAGAUUUCAGGGAAAAGAGGGUGACUUACAUGUCAACAGGCCCCAAAGGAACGACCGGAAAAACAUUCAAAGUGCACCUGCAGCUGUGGGACACAGCUGGACAGGAGAGAUUCCGGAGUCUUACAACAGCCUUCUUCAGAGAUGCCAUGGGCUUCCUGCUGAUGUUUGACCUCACCAGCCAGCAGAGCUUCAUAAAUGUCCGAAACUGGAUGAGUCAACUACAAGCCAAUGCUUACUGUGAAAAUCCAGACAUAGUCUUAAUUGGUAACAAGGCAGACCUGGCUGACCAGAGGGAAGUACAGGAGAAGCUAGCAAAAGAACUGGCAGAAAAGUAUGGUAUCCCUUACUUUGAAACAAGCGCUGCCACGGGCUCAGAAGUUGAAAAUGCAGUGGUUGCUCUCCUGAACCUCGUCAUGAAGCGCAUGGAGCAAUGUGUGGACAAGUCAGCGCCAGAGGUGUCCAACGGCGGAAGCUCCAGCCAACCAGAGACAGCAGAGCCAGUGCGGAAGAAGUGCAGCUGCUAAUCCACAGACCCUGAGUGUGAACCUGAACAUGGACCCUGAGAGUGACCUUGAACAUGGACCCUGAGUGUGACCCUGAACACAGACCCUGAGUGUGAACCUGAACACGAACCCUGAACACAGACCCUGAGAGUGACCCUGAACACAGACCCUGAGAGUGACCCUGAACACGGACCCUGAGUGUGACCCUGAACACGAACCCUGAACACAGACCCUGAGAGUGACCCAAACUGGUUUCCAUGCGUGUGACUGUCACUCAGCAUGGGCGUGGCCAUGGGCCAGCCAUAUGGGGCUCAAAUCCAGCCUGCUUCAUGCGAUCCUUUAAGGUGGUUCACUCCAGUCUUAUAAUGGCACCACAUCUGUAUUUAUAAAAUACGUUAUUCUGCCCUGAUUUCUAAACUAUACACCUCCUCCCGAUGUUUCAUACUUACCCAUUAAUCUGCCCUUUCUUCCACUGUACUCCUGUAUGACAUUGAGACUGAAGCCUUUCUGCGUUCCCGCUUAAUUAUAAAUAUAGUACUGUCACUUUUUUCAGUCUUUCUCAAGUAAAGUCAUAGGUCAAAGUUGUUUGUACUAACGCAGCCAUAGUCCAUAUUUAACUUUUCCUCUUGUCUGUUGAUGGACAACUGCUGUAGAUAGGAUUGUCAUUAUGACAUAAAGAACAAGUAACCUGCCUAGUUUGAGAAUGUCUUAUUUUAAAAAGUUACUUUUUUGAAAUCAGAGUGUAGUUUCACACUUAAAAAUCUCUCCACUGGAAUAGAAAGCCAUCAUUUUGUAUUGGAUGUAAAAAAAUAUACAGUAAAGCUGGACAGAUAUGUUUAAUAAGCUAAAUAUUGUACAUGGUUGAGUCCCUGAAUGCAGCUAAUUACAUUAAUCCCUGUAUACCUUGCCUGGCAUGUUUUCUCAUUUCAUAAACAUAAAUAUGCCUGUUUUCACAUUUGAUUAAUAUUUUAGGUAAAAUAAUGAUUUAGCCAUAUUGAUGAUAAGGAAUUCAUCAUAACAUCGCUGUUGUCUUUCAUUUAAAUGGCAGAAUUAUAGACAGGCUAAAAACAGUGUUCUAGUUAGAAUGUUUCCACUGGGGUAGGGGACAAAUUAGAAUGCUAUAGGCCCUCAGACGCCUGAAUCGACAGCUGCUCUUUGUGCAAAUAAACUUUUCAAUUAAAAAACUGCAGUAUCUUCAACCAAGAGGCCUGACAAUCAAUUGUACUAAAAAAUUAAAAUAGAGAGUAACUCAUAUAAGAAAAUAUUGCACAUGGAGACACAUUUAGUGCUAUAACCACACACACAAGCCCUACAUUUAGUGCUAUAACCGCACACCCAAGCCCUACAUUGAGUGCUAUAACCGCACACCCAAGCCCUACAUUUAGUGCUAUAACCACACACCCAAGCCCUACAUUUAGUGCUAUAACCACACACCCAAGCCCUACAUUUAGUGCUAUAACCGCACACCCAAGCCCUACAUUUAGUGCUAUAACCACACACCCAGGCCCUUCAUUGAGUGCUAUAACCGCACACCCAAGCCCUACAUUUAGUGCUAUAACCACACACCCAAGCCCUACAUUUAGUGCUUAUACAUAACCACAUACCCAAGCCCUAUGACAUGCUGUUACUGAAACAGUGUGAGUGUAAUAUUUUAUCAAAUAGUUUUGUUUUUGUGUUAUCAUUUUUUGUUUUCACAUUUCAAAGUAUACAACUACAGUCAAAAACAGAAUAACUGAUUCCUAAAAAGGUACUGUAUAUCAAUAAAGUUGUGCUUUUAAA